GCGCCUUGUUAUUCCCGCCCCUUUCCGGAGUUACAGCUGACGGUGUUGGGCGGGCUGAGGAGGCUGCUGGGGGAGGAGGGGGGUGCCGCCGCGUCAAGCCACAGCAGAAGGGGGCGUGGCCACGGGCUGCAGGCGCCUGAAUGGAUUUCUCUUCUGGAAAGACUUCCUUGGUGUAACAUCUGGUCUCAGCACCAUACAGUUGUUAAUUGCACUGGUACUGUGGGUGACGAGGUCUGCUCAUUGGCCAGCUUUCUAACCCUAUCAGAAUACUGCUCAUGACUUUGUGUGUAUUGGAGAUGGCACAACCACCAUUCAAAAGUGAAGAACCUUUCAUUCCUAAAGAGCAGGAGACAAACAAAGAAGAAGGAUCAGGGGAAGAAGCGGAAGAUCCUGAAGAAGCUCAGCUAUUCUGCCCUACAGAUGGUACUAAGCUGGAAGCUCUUAACACUGGAGAAGAAAGCAUGCCUAGGGACCCAGAGUGCUGUGAUAUUCCUUUCUAUGUGUCUGAAUUUGUGGAAAGGGAGGUUGGCAUUGACUGUGAGUCACUAAGCAAGGUUGGUCACCUUAUUGAGCAGCUGUCAGAAAGCAAAAUGAAGUUAGAAGAACAGGUGCUCACGGUUUCAUCUGAAGUUCCCAAAAGAAUUCAGAAAGCCUUACAGAAUGCAGAAGAUUCUAAGAAGUCACUCUGUCAACUUCUAGAAAAAGAAAGAGUUUUGCAUGAUUCCAUUAAUAACCACUUGUUGACAUCCAAGCCAUGGAUGGAGGAUCUUGGUGUACUCAUAAGUCAGAUAAAAGAAGUUGAACGGCACCUUGCUUAUUUGAAAUGGAUUUCACAAAUAGAAGAGUUAAGUGACAACAUUCAACAAUAUCUUAUGACCAACAAUGUUCCAGAUGCUGCAACUACUCUGGUAUCCAUGGCUGAAUUAGAUAUAAAGCUUCAGGAGUCUUCAUGUUCUCAUCUUCUCACUUUUAUGAGAUCUACUGUUCAAUUCUGGCACAAGAUACUGAAAGAUAAACUCUCAAGUGACUUUGAGGAAACUUUAACUCACCUUCAUUGGCCAUUCAUUGGACCAGCACAGUCUCAGCCUUUUGGCUUGGCUACAUCACCUGCCAAUGCUGCUGAGAUAUUCAAUAACUUUGAGACACUGUUUUCUCAACUUCUGAAGCUGCAAACUUCCGAUGAACUGUUAACCAAGCCUAAGCAGCUUCCAGAAAAGUACCUUCUUCCUCCUUCUCCACCUAUUAUAUUGCCAAUGCAGAUGAUGCUGGCACCUCUUCAGAAAAGAUUCAAGUAUCAUUUCACAGGGAAUAGACAGACAAAUGUUUUAAGCAAGCCUGAAUGGUAUCUAACCCAGGUGCUCAUGUGGAUUGGAAAUCAUGCUAAGUUUCUUGAAGACAAAGUCCAGCCAAUAUUGGACAAGGCAGGCUCGCCAGUCAAUGCAAGAGUGGAGUUUUCCCGAGCUCUGGUGAUGCUGAUCCUGGAGAAGUUGGCUACUGAUAUUCCUUGCUUGUUGUAUGAUGACAAUCUCUUCUGUCAUCUGGUGGAUGAAGUACUUCUGUUUGAGAGAGAACUGCACAGUGUUCAUGGAUAUCUCAGCAGCUUUCCCAGCUGUAUGCACAUUUUGUCCGAGGAAACCUAUUUUCAGAGAUGGUUAACUGUGGAAAGAAAAUUUGCUCUUCAAAAGAUGGACUCCAUGCUUUCAUCUGAAGGUGCCUGGAUAUCGCAGUAUAAAGAUAUCACUGAUGUAGAUGAAAUGAAAGUCCCAGACUGUGCUGAAACUUUUAUGACUUUGCUCCUGGUUAUCACAGAUAGGUAUAAGCAUCUCCCUACAGCUGCCAGAAAGCUACAGUUCCUAGAGUUACAAAAAGAAUUGGUGGAUGACUUCAGGAUACGACUUACUCAAGUGAUGAAGGAAGAAACCAGAGCACCUUUAGCUUUCCGGUAUUGUGCAAUCCUUAAUGCCGUCAACUACAUCGCAACUGUUUUAGCAGACUGGGCUGACAAUCUUUUCUUCUUGCAGCUUCAGCAGGCAGCCUUGGAAGUAGACAGCAACACACUUAGUAAGCUACAGCUCGGACAACUGGCUUCUAUGGAAAGCUCUGUCUUUGAUGACAUGAUUAACCUCUUGGAACGCCUGAAACAUGAUAUGCUCACUCGCCAAGUAGAUCAUGUCUUCAGGGAGGUCAAAGAUGCUGCUAAGAUGUACAGAAAAGAAAGGUGGCUCUCUUUGCCAUCCCAAUCAGAACAGGCAAUGAUGACCCUGUCAACGACUGCCUGCCCGCUGCUGCUUACCUUGCGAGACCGGCUACUACAACUAGAGCAGCAGCUUUGCUACUCAUUAUUCAAAAUCUUCUGGCAAAUGCUUGCAGAGAAGGUGGAUUUGUUUAUCUAUCAAGAAGUAAUUUUGGCCAAUCACUUCAAUGAAGGAGGAGCAGCACAACUCCAGUUUGACAUGACUAGGAACCUUUUCCCUUUAUUUUCACAUUACUGCAAGCGACCAGAGAAUUAUUUUAAACACAUAAAAGAGGCUUGUAUUGUACUGAAUUUAAAUGUUGGCUCAGCCCUGCUCUUGAAAGAUGUGCUGCAGUCGGCCACUGAAAACAGAACUGGUACCAUCUUGAAUUCAGAUCAGCCCACUGCUGUAGCAGCUUUAAAUGAACUUGGAAUUUACAAGUUAGCUCAACAGGAUGUUGAGAUUCUUCUUAACCUAAGAACAAACUGGCCUGUUACUGCGAAAUAAGUCAAAUAAUUAAGUAGACAGAGAUAAUCCACGUUGUAUUAAUAAAAAAAACAUUGACCUUUCAAUGAUAAAUCA